CCUUGGAGGCCUGCUGGCUUUGUCUGGGGGAAGGGACCAGGCAAAGUAUUCUUCUGAGAAGCACUGAGAAAGAAAGGUAUCCGGAUUGUAAUCCUAUAUACUUCAGAAUAAAGAAAAAAGAAUAAAGAAAAAUGAAUCAUACCGCCAAACGAACAACUAGAUCUGAGAAAAUGGAAAGAAUGCAUGACUUUUACAACAAAAAUAUCAUGAAUUUUUAAACGAAAACGUCCAAGCAGACCACAGAUCCAGGCGGUGUCCCAACGGCACUUCAGCAUUUCUAAGGGUCUUGACUAUACACAAAUUUUAUCGCGACACUUGGGGGAAGACUCAUGGCUACACCACGGUUUGCCGUAAGGGUGGCGGCAAGCAAAGAAGGAAAGCCCCGGACGUUCCAGAACACGGCAAAGCCUCCUCUUCCCUCUUGCAGAAUUGCUGUACCUGCUCAGCCACACUGCCCGCGAGAGGUAAAACCCAGUGUGAAAAAUGCUAACCACUUGUUUUUAAAAUUUCUAAAAGCACCAGGGAAGCGGCCGCCUCGGCUCUGAGGAACCGCGAAAGAGGACCCAUCAGAGCCCCUUCCAUACCCCUGCCGCCUUCAUCGCGCUGCCCCCGCCAGUGACCCUGCCCCAGCAAGCUCUCCCUGCCGGCUCUGAUGCCAAAUCGGCCGCGGGCAGUCCUGUUUCCCUCCCUGGUCCCGGUGCCUCACUCGCUCACCUCUGUCUAGAGCCGCUUCCCGACGCCAGUGCCUCACUCGCCCGCCCGCGCCCGGAGCCGCUCUCCGACGCCCGCCAAGAUCAAAUUUUGGCGCCGAGAGCCGCAGCCGUUAGGGGCGGUGCCUGAUGGCGGCCGCCCCGCUGCGUCAGCCCGGCCUGCCCUCCGCGCGGGAGAGGGCGGUACAGGGCCGCGCCUGGCGCCUCCUGGGAGAGGAGCAGGCGCAGCCGGAGCGGAGCCGGAGGGGACGGCGGGCGCCGCGGGGCAGGAUGGUGAUUGCCAAGGCAUGGGCUCUGAAGAAGCAUUUUGAUGGUUUUCCCAAAACCAGUGACUUCGACCUGAAAAAGAUAGAGCUGCCAAAUCUAAAGGAUGGAGAGUUGCUGCUUGAAUCAGUGUUUCUCAGUGUUGAUCCUUACAUGAGACCUUACAGUCGAAGGGACAUGAAGGAGGGUGACAUAAUGAUAGGCACGCAGGUUGCCAGGGUAGUAGAAAGCAAAAAUCCUGUUUUCACAGUGGGGGCCUUUGUCGUGGCUCGCAGGGGCUGGAGAACUCAUUUUAUCUCUGAUGGGAAAGACCUACAACUUCUUCCUUCCAAUUGGCCGGAAUCGCUCCCCAAAUCUCUAGCUCUUGGAACAGUUGGCAUGCCAGGCCUCACUGCAUAUUUUGGUCUGCUGGAGGUCUGCAAGAUGAAGCCAGGAGAGACAGUCCUGGUUAAUGCUGCAGCUGGUGCUGUAGGCUCUGUGGUGGGGCAGCUUGCUAAAAUUGGGGGCUGCAAAGUGGUUGGCUGUGCUGGCUCAGAUGACAAGGUUGCCUAUCUGAAAAAAAUAGGCUUUGAUGAAGCCUUUAAUUACAAGACUGUUAAAUCUCUGGAUGAAGCACUGCGUAAAGCCUCUCCUGAUGGCUAUGACUGUUUCUUUGACAAUGUGGGUGGAGAAUUUGCCAGUGUUGCUAUCAACCAGAUGAGGAAAUAUGGAAGGAUUGCAGUCUGUGGCGCAAUCUCUCAGUACAAUGACUCCGUGCCUCAGAAAGGGCCUUAUGUGCAGAUUCCCAUGAUUUUCAAAGAGCUUCAAAUGGAAGGGUUUCUUGUGACGCGAUGGAACAACCGCCGGGAAGAAGGUCUGCAGGCCCUGCUGAAGUGGGUCGUGGAGGGGAAGGUGAAGUACCAUGAACAAGUCACUGAAGGAUUUGAGAACAUGCCAAUGGCUUUUAUAGGAAUGUUAAAAGGAGAAAAUCUUGGAAAAGCUGUUGUAAAAGUGUGAAGAUCAGAUAUUCCUGGGAGACUGGUGCAGCAGAAUGUGAUUCUGUCACAUUCUAAAUGCUUUUAAUUCACUUGUCAAAUAAUGUGAUCAGUAUGAUUAAAUAAUUUUGCUAGA